AUGGUUAACGUUUUCAACGUACAGAUUUUUUUCGUUGUGCUUAGAGAAACGUUGGAAGCCGUUAUUGUGGUUUCUGUUCUUUUAGCCUUCAUCAAGCAAGGUUUGGGUGGAGCACAACAAGACCCAGCCAUCAACAAACGAUUGACUAGGCAAGUUUGGUUUGGAUCGAUUCUAGGGGUGGCGCUAUGUCUUAUUCUAGGAGUUGCUUUCAUUGCUGUGUUUUACACUUUGGGCAAUGAUAUUUGGUCCAAGUCUGAGGACUUGUGGGAAGGUAUCUUCUGUAUUAUCGCAUCGUGCUUGAUUUCGGUGAUGGGUAUUGCCAUGUUGCGGAUAAACAAGAUGAAGGAGAAGUGGAGAAUUAAGUUGGCGCAAGCUUUGCUUAAGACAAAGGAAGAGACUAAGGGCAAGUUCAGCAUUGGUCACUUGACAACGAAAUACUGUAUGUUUGUCUUGCCUUUCAUCACCUGUUUGAGAGAAGGUCUUGAGGCUGUGGUUUUCGUUGGAGGUGUGGGUUUGAAUAAGCCAGCUUCCUCUUUCCCGAUUCCAGUCAUCUGUGGUUUGAUUGCAGGUAUCUUCAUCGGUUGGCUCUUGUACUACUUUGGCUCUACUUCCAAGUUGCAAGUGUUUUUGAUUGUUUCUACUUGUAUCUUGUAUUUGAUUUCUGCCGGCUUGUUCUCUAGAGGUAUCUGGGGUUUCGAGCAGCACGUCUACAAUAACCAAACUGGUGGUGAUGCAGCAGAGAAUGGUAGUGGUCCAGGCUCUUAUGAUAUUUCCAAAUCGGUUUGGCAUGUGAAUUGUUGCAACCCAGAAAUCGACAAUGGAUGGGAUGUUUUCAACUCAUUGUUGGGCUGGCAAAACUCUGCCACUUACGGCUCUGUGAUUUCUUACAAUGUUUACUGGUUGUGUCUUAUUGUGGUUUUGAUGUUGAUGUUGUUCGAGGAGACCCACGGCCAUUUGCCUUUCACCAAGAACUUCAAGAUGAGACAAUUGAACCCAAUGUACCACAUCAAGGGUAAGAAGAAGCACGAGUUGACUGAAGCCGAGAAGCAAGACUUGUUCAACAAGGUGAGAAACCAUAAAUUGGAAGACAAUUCUCCAGACACAAGUGUUGCACUUGAAAAUGAGAUCUCCAAAUCUAACGAGAAGAGUGAAGUUGUGGAGAUUCUGAAGGAAGCUCUGAACUAA